AUCUACUGUUGCUCCUUCCUUUGUUUAUGCCUACUAGGCCGGUUAGUCCAACCGGCGAGACACGCCACGGACCACGGUAUCCCUCACGCCGGAUCCCCUCUCGAUCUUUCUGUCCUUGUACCCGAAGCCAAAGCCCGGGACGCGACAGACGGCACACACGCUCUGAAAUUUCGGACCAAUUAACCGGUGAGCCUGUGGCGCCAGCGAGCCACAGCCGACCCCGCCAUGGCCGGCUCCACCGCGGUGCUGGCCGCCAUCCUGCUCAUCGACCUCGUCGCCUUCGGCCUCGCCAUCGGCGCCGAGCAGAGCCGCCCAUCGGCGAGCCUGGAGACGGACGCGAGGAAGGAGUGGACCUACUGCGUGUACCGCCCGGACGCGGCCACCGGGAUGGCCGGCCGCGGCUGCGCCCUCAUGCUCUUCCUCUCCUCCUGGCUGACAUUUCUCAUUGCGGAGGCGUGCUUGCUGGCUGGGCUGGUGCAGUCCGCCUACCACACCGGCUACCGCACGGUGAUAUUUGAAAACCCGCCCGACUGUGAGACGGUGCGUCGAGGCACAUUUGGGGCCGGCGCGGCCUUUGCCUUGAUCACCGGUGUGCUCACCGGGUUCUACUACUACAACUUCUCCAAGGCACGGGUGGCCUACCAACGCCCGGAGGCCGCCAUCGACAUGAGCCGGUAUAGCUGAAGAUUGGUGCCUGGUUGAGGGGCUACUCGAGUCUCUAUGAAGCUGCUGUAACGCAUUGUGGGGAACGAUUCACUAUGAACUAGCUCAACAGUUUUGAUAACCGUUAUGUGGCCAUUUUUAUAUAGAUUUUUGCACAUAUAAUGUGUGAGCCAUUCUCCCA